AUGGAAUACGACUCAAUCACGGUACGCCCGCCUGCCUGUAACUGGGCUCAAGGCGCCUGCUUCUGUUCGUCCACCGAUAACAAUGCGGACAAUACUGGCGUACCAGCACCAAAAUCAUCCCCAACACGGUCAAGCAGUAGAGAAGAUGAAGAGAGCAAAGACGCGACUUACCAUCCGCCGCGGAAGAGAGUGAGAGGAACAUACAGGGACGCCAAUUCUUGUACACCACCGAAUGAAACUCAGGAAUGCAGACCUCUUUGGGCAAGCUCGCGGAUUAAUAGAAACACCGCGAUAGGUGACCUCCGAGUAGGAGACCAAGCUCUCGAAAACGCAGGUAGGCCCACCCCCAGUAUACAAGACUCCCCGCAGAUGAGAACAAACUCUACACCACGCGCUGCGACUCCAAUCCUCUGGCUUGCAGAGAGGCGGAAACCGAUGCCGUUCUCCACGCCCACCAAUUCAGCCGCAACGGACGAGAAUGUGGAAGCUAGGGCUGUAAAGGAGGAACGUCUCAGUAUUGAACGAGAGUUGAGUAUGGAAUCACUCCAGGGUAUGUUGCCCGCCCCAUCAACCACACCGAAGAACAGUGUGAAGGUCCAAGAGGAACCUGUCCGAAGAAAACGUGAGAAUUACGCGGAAAUGACAGAGUCCAUGCCGCCCGCCCCGCCUAGCACCCGGGGUACGCCGCGGGGGGAACCCGAAGUCAAGAAGGAAGAUAUCGAUAUUAAGCGUGCGGGAGGCGCGCACUCACCUGGUGCUCGGGCAGCUGAGGCUGAACUACUCGUCGAUGGUCGCCAUACGGCGGAGGAGAUCUCUGUGGCGGAGGCGAUUCUGAUGCUGGCCGUUGCACUGCAGGCGUGUGGAGGCGAGCAAUAUCGAGGGGAGCAGAUAUCUAAAACUAAAAGUAUGAGAGAUUAG